GAUCACAUCGCAUCGAAGUCGGACUACCGCUGCGAUAUUCAAGGAUCUGAGUGUCGUUCACGCACACUUUCUUCGUUCAUGGAUAAACAAAUGAUCAAGCGACCCUAAGUUAAAAAAAAAAAAAGGUAGAACGCGCUUGUUUAUCGGAGAGAGAAGAAAGAUGGAGGCGUGAAGUUCGUGAACAAGAGAACGAAAUGUGUAGUCAGUGAAGAGAGAGAAUGACGCAUGGUGGUGCGAGAACGAGAAGGAAGAGAAGUCUGUUGCGCGUGAGUGCAAGGGAACGAAUGGAAGAGAGUGACGGAGAAGGAGAGAUAGAGAGAAAAACAGAGACGAAGAAUGAAGUGCGUGCGCGUGUCGUAUUCGAGAGAGACACGGUAGCUUCUCAUAGAGAAGAGACAGUUGCUGGUUUGCCGUAAGGCUGUUUGCAUCGAAGAGGCGAAAGUUACACCAAACGGGGUCCACACCCCAUUUUUCGUCCUUCAUCGUGUUUCGUUUCAUUUUUUUUUCUUUUGGUUUUCUUAUUAUACGAUGUUUCGUUCCACGCCAUUUAGCUCGGCGUGAUCGACUUAUCGAGACGACGGAUGUCGAUCGACUGUCGCGCGAUUUCGCGUCGAAACGUGCUACCGAUUACGCGGAACGUCUUACGAAGGCUCUAUAAGCAGUGGUUGUGAUGUGUUGGUGUGAUUAUUUGCGUUGAUUGCGAUCGUCCAAGGUAAAAGACGAUCAUCCAUUUUCAUCGUGGACGCGAUCUUGACAUGGAAAUUAACGGGGUUUGUAAUGGGGUCGUGAGAAUCGGUCAAGUGUCGAUCGAAGUAUAAUUUUGGAAAGAUCGUGCGUAACGAUGGAGAAAAUGUAGGUGAAAAAACAUGGCAAAUUAGCAUGUCGGUGGGAAAAAACGAUUGAAAAUUAAUAGCGUUAUGAUUACCAUGUGUAUAGUUGAAGCAGCUUCGCCAGAGCCAGAAGUUCUUGAUUGGUGCAGCAACCGGGUUCCAUGACUUGUUCCGAAAAUAAUCAUCGUAUUUUUACCAUCUCUUUAUGCCCACUUCGGUGCCGCUGGAAGCCGCGUAAAGUGGCGUUAAUUCGACGUGAAGCAAUACAAACGUUGUCACGCCUUCGUCAUUCCAACGAGAAGAUGCAAUUGUUCGUCAUUGUUUUCGUUCUUAUAAAGUGAUCGUCAAUUUUGUUAUCAAUAGAAAAGUUUCACCCGAUUGUGCGCCGAUGAAAACAGUGACUAGUGGUGGGUGAUGAUCAGUGGGCCCACCGUUUCGAAUGAAGUGGUUUUAGGAUGAUGGUGGAGCGUGUCGAGGACCAUCUCUUCAUGUAUCGACGUCCCGUUUACCGGGUCUUCCAGUACCUCGAAACCACCGACCAUGAGGGGAUGAGCACUGGCGUAGGAGAUGGAGCUGGUGGAGGCGGUGGCGGUGGGGGCGGAGGCGGCGGCGGCGUGCAAGGAAGUGGAGGCGGAAGAAACACACCACCCCAUGGAUCACCCACCCCCAUGGACAAGGCGACUUUGAAGGUCCAUCUGCCCAACGGUGGUUUCAAUGUUGUUAAAUUCGGUGACGCGAUCGAUGUGAAGGGUAUCAUCACUUUGGUGACUAGUCGGCUAGCGGUUGGAACCAGACAUUAUCGUAACCUUUACGCCAUGAGACUGCAUCAUCCUGGAUCGGGGGAGAGUUACUGGUUGCAUCAGGACACGACCAUGUAUCAGGUUCAAGAAAAGUAUGAAAAGAAACACCCUCAUUGCGAGUGGAGGUACGAGCUGAGAGUACGAUACUUGCCGCAGAAUCUCAACGAUCUGUACGAGAAGGACAAAGUGACCUUCUAUUAUUAUUACGAUCAGGUUCGGAACGAUUAUCUGUGCGCGAAUCACGCGGCUCUCGAUCAGGACGUGGCGGUGCAACUGUGCUGUCUAGAAAUUCGCUACUUUUUCAAAGACAUGCAGCAGAUCGCCCUCGACAAGAAGAGCAACCUCGAGUACCUGGAACGAGAGGUCGGCCUGCACAAGUUUUUACCACGAUCCGUGUUGAAUGGAAUGAAACCAAAGGCGUUGCGCAAGCUAAUACAGCAACACUUUAAAAAGGUUGCGGUAUUGUCGGAGCUAGAAUGCAUGUUCAAGUUCUUCGAUCUUCUGCGUGCUCAUUACAGAUUCGAUCAGGAGAGGUUUAUAUGCGCUUUGGGGUCGAGCUGGUCUAUACCCGUAGAACUAGUCAUUGGACCAGAUUUAGGCAUAUCUUAUAUGGCUCAUAGAGGUGGGACGGUGCCAACGAGAAUCGCGGAAUUCUCCCAGAUACAAUCUAUCCAAACGCUGGUAUCCGAUUGCAAGGAGCACGCAAAAGCGUGUAUUAAAUUAAGAAUAGCCGGAGCUGCUGAAACGCUUAGCAUCACGUGCUCGAGUCUGGACCAAGCGGAAAGUCUCGCUGAUUUAAUCGAUGGAUAUUGCAGACUCAUCACCGGAACCAAUACCUCGUUGUGGAACAGAAAAGCUGCAUCGUGGAAAAAUUAUCCCUGUCCAUGCAAAGAUGCUCAUCCCCCAAAAUACAGGCAAGACGGUUCCAAUAGUCCGGAGAAAAACGUGAGCAAAACGGGGACCAUCUUGUCGGAGGACUACGCUGAAAUCGUGGACGAGGAAGGAGAUUAUUCGACUCCGGCUACCAGAGAUUACGAGAUAGUUAGGAAUCAAGUGGAAUUGGGUGAGAUUAUCGGAGAGGGCCAAUUUGGCAAUGUACAUAAAGGUUCAUACAAAGGGCGGGACAAUCAAGUUAUACCCGUGGCGGUGAAAACCUGUAAAGUCGAUGCAGAUCUCGCGACGUCGGAAAAAUUUCUCGAGGAAGCAUAUAUAAUGCAACAAUUCGAGCAUCCUCAUAUUAUAAGACUUAUCGGUGUAUGCUCGGAACCACCCAUUUGGUUGGUAAUGGAAUUGGCCAAAUUGGGAGAGAUGCGAGCCUAUCUGCAAUCGAACAAGCAUCGCCUAGAUCUCGCCACCCUUCUGCUUUACACGUUUCAAUUGAGCACUGCCUUAUCGUAUCUCGAAAGCAAGAAAUUUGUCCAUAGGGACAUUGCUGCGAGAAACGUGCUAGUUUCUGCCCACAAUUCCGUAAAAUUAGCUGAUUUUGGUCUCAGUAGGUGGGUGGAAGAUCAAAGUUAUUAUACAGCAAGUAGGUGUAAGUUGCCCAUUAAAUGGAUGGCACCUGAGAGUAUUAAUUUUAGAAGAUUUACUACAUCUUCUGACGUUUGGAUGUUUGGUGUGUGCAUGUGGGAAAUCUUAAUGUUAGGCGUAAAACCGUUUCAAGGUGUAAAAAAUAACGAAGUGAUCCGUAAGCUAGAAAACGGAGAAAGACUUGCUUUACCGAAUCAUUGCCCACCACGAUUAUAUUCUUUGAUGUCUCAGUGUUGGAGUUACGAACCCAGUAAACGGCCAACGUUCAAAGAGAUCAGAGAAACGUUACAUGAAAUUUUAUUGGAGGAGAAGCAUCAGCAACAGGAAACGAUGAGACGGGAGAACAGAAGAGUACAAGCCAUGUCUUGGGGCGCAGACGAUGUACCGCCACCGAAACCUUCCAGGCAACCGCAAAACACGACGGAUCAAUCUCAGCUAACCGCCGCAGCGCCUGUCUCGACAUAUAUCGUUGCGCAAAAUCCCGAGGUUCUUGCGCAACUUCUCAAGGAUAAUCAAACUAGGGGGGUAUGUCCCUCCGUCUACACAACCCCUGCCUCGCCCUUCAAUACCUUAGCCGUACAAUUUCAAGACGAAGAUCAAGUCUUAACCACCGCUUUAGUUUCAGAUCUACCCUUUUUCGAUCCAACCACUUCAGAACCAUCCGCCUCUCAUGACACCCAUUCGGGAGAUUCCACAUUGUCCGACACUAAUUUGGAUUCCCUCGAUUCCUCGGACACUCCUCUCAUGUCUAGUCUUAACAUUUCAGACGCGACACAAGCUCAAUCCCCCGCUGCUAACCGAAAGCAGCAGAAGGUUAAAGAGAUGCAAAAUUUGUACGCGGUUAGUUCAAAAGUUGUUGGCAGCAUUGCCGGGGAUUUGUACUCUCCCGUGCAAAAAUUCACAACGUCCGGUGCUAUUCCAAUAACAACUAGUGUAGUAGCUACUUGCGGCGAAAUAUAUGGGCCUGUCGCUAAUUUCACCCAAAGUUCCGCCAUCGUUGGUAAUCUUAGUCAAAGUCCCAGCGUAGGUGGUAAUUUUGGUGAAAAUCCUGGAAACUUUGGGCCGAGCAGCUUGAAUAGUAUCAUAGGAUUGAACAAUCAGAAUCAGUUGUCAAAUUUCGGCCAAUUCUCCGUUAACAACACGAGCCAAAAUUCUAAUUGCAUACAAAAUCCUACGACUGCCGUCGUGUAUCCCCGUAUACCGGUUGUUACUUCGAGCAACCCUGCUAUUUCUGCAUCCAAUGCGGAAUGUUUGUACGGACCGGUGUUAAAAUUCCGAGCGCAAAACAUCCAAAACCAAAACGUAGUAACCGAUUUGAAAUCCGUAAACGUGUCUGUUGGAACUACCGUGGCCAAUGUUAGAGGCAAUUUAGCGCAUACCUCGACUCCAGGACCUGCAAACCUGCAAACACGGCCUGCACACGUUCAGAAUUAUCAACAUCAACAAAUAUAUUCGAAUAUAAGUACAGCGACGCAGCAACCGAUGUAUAUGGCGCAAUCGCAGAAUGUGCAAAACAAUCAAAAACAAAAUCCGAUUCAUCAAUCUGUUUCUUACAUACCGUCGCAACAUACGAAUCAACAAAAUCAGGCAAUCGGCGCUAAUCCAAUUUACACGGCGCAAGCGACUUCUGUUACGGUCGUGCAAGCUCAGAAGGUUCAAGGUCCUGUAUAUGUGCAACAAAUUCAAGCUGGAAUUACGAGCCAUGUGCCGAGUUGCCAACCGAUGAACGUGAAUCAGCAACAAUUGUCUUUUGAAAUAGCACAAAGUCAUCCCAUUCAAGUGCAUUUCGCCACGUCGGGUGGCACGGUCCAACCAACCAGCCAGCAACACCUUCUUCCGAGCACAUCUAACAUUGUAAUCGGUCAACAAUCAACUUCCAUUACUGCCACGCAACAUGGUCAAGCGCAAUGCAACGUAGCGAAUCUGCCAAUUACUGCUGCAACAAACGCAACGCAAUAUUUAGUGCAGCCAAUGGUACAAUCGGGGAUGAUAAGAUCUACUACACCUCAAAUAGCAACCGGUGUUGCAAAGAUCACUACAUUCGUAAAUCAAAAGCAAGAUGAACAACUGACAAGCUCGACAGAUGGCACACUCUCUGGAUCACUGAUAUCUUCUGCAGUCAGUGAUAGCACAAUGUCAUCGAGCAGCUCGAUGACAGAGGAGGCACAACAAGAUCAGAGGAUCGUACAAUCACAAUUAUUCGAUAGCAUCACGGAAAAUUUCAGCAGUGGUAUUGACGACGAGCAAAAAUUAUUAGAACAACGACUUUUAGAACAGCAACGUCAAUCGGAAGAAGACAGUCGUUGGUUAGCGAGAGAAGAGAAACGUCUCUCUAUUGCGACGAGCGGAGAUGAAAGCGCGAGUCCUCCAGUUCCACGUUCGGUUACUCAAUCACCAAGUCAUGAACAGCACGGCGCUAAUACUGGUUCUAUAGGAUCUGAUAAAAGUACCGAAAAAGUAAUCGUUGUAAAGAAAAUGGAACCAACACCAACUGCCGAUCUAGAUAGGACGAACGAUAAAGUAUAUGAUUGUACCACUAGCGUAGUUCGUGCUGUAAUGUCUUUGUCUCAAGGUGUUCAACAAAGCAAGGCUGAUCAAUAUUUAGAAUUAGUACGUAAAGUGGGUAUUGAAUUGAGAGCGUUACUUUCAUCUGUCGAUGCUUUGAUGGAUAUAUUACCUAUAUCUGCUCAUCGAGAAGUAGAAAUGGCGCAUAAAGUUCUUAGUAAAGACAUGGCAGAACUUGUAACAGCUAUGAAACAAGCUCAAAAAUAUAGUGCUACUACGUUAGAUGCUGAAUACCGAAAAGGGAUGCUCUCAGCGGCUCACAUUUUAGCAAUGGAUGCGAAAAAUCUUUUAGAUGUAAUCGAUUCGAUACGUAUUCGUUAUCCAUAUGUAGAUAAUCAGAUUUGCCAAAAUCAAAAUCAUAUUAAUACUUCACAAGAAUCGAUGUCGGAAAAUCGUAUUCGUUCCAGUCAAUCUGGAGAACAAUUUUUAAGGAGAAGUCAAUCGAGCGAACGUCAAGGUACUACGUUUAGACAGAGUCAAAGCGGUGAUCUUUUACAUAGAAUGGGUCAAUCCGUCGAUCGUUCAUUGCAGGGUAGUCAAACUGAUGUCAGUAGCGGCUCUAGUUUAGAAAGAAGGCAUCAUAUCGUUACUAAUAGUCUUGAACGUAAUUCGACAACAAGAAGACAAAUGACGACAAAUAGUUUAGAAAGAAAAAGACCAUCAUUGUCUUGUAAUAUUAGUCCCAUGAAUAAUUCGGUUAAUUUACCACCAAUGGUACCAGUUACCUGCAAUUUAGUCCAAACAGUUGGACCUGUUAUUCAUCCGAGUCAAACAGUUACAACAGGUAUUAAUCAACAGUCAGUGUUUACAACUAAUAAUAAAACAAACGAAAAUGCAACAACUGAUAGCUAACAACGAGGUGCCUUGCAUUAAGGAAAACUUCGAA